AAAUAUUGCUUCUCUUAUAAUCUUGACCAUGAUGCUUAAACAUUACUUUCUAAUCUUCCUUAUCAAAUUCCUCUGGAUUUAUGGAGGAGGAAGCCAACCAGUACAGGAAUCUCUGAGGAUCCAGAGGGUUGAAUUUCAGUCAUUUAAUCUCCAAAGUAUUUUACGCUGGCUGCCUGGAAGUGCUUUUACCCCCAACAACACAGUCUAUUUCGUGCAAUACAAAAUGUAUGGAAAGAAAGAGUGGACAAACAAAGAAGAAUGCUGGGGCAUUUAUGAAGUCUUUUGUGACCUGACAAAUGAAACCUCUGAUAUAGAAGAACCUUACUAUGGAAGGGUGAAAGCUAGCUCUGCUCAUGUCCAUACCCCUUGGAGUAUGACAAAGAGAUUUUCCCCCUGGUUGGAAACAAAAAUAGGACCUCCAUCCAUCAGUGUGAUACAAAGCGACAGAUCUAUACAACUGAUACUCCAUGCUCCAAAUUCACCCUAUAAAGACAGAAAAGGAAGAAACAAAUCAUUGAAAGAUUACUAUGACCUAAUAUACCAAGUAUUUCUAAUUAAUAAUUCUCAAGACAUGAAACAAAAGGUAUAUGAAGGCACCAAUGACACUGUGGAAAUAGAUAUUAUUCCUGGCUCCAACUACUGUAUAGCUGCAGUAAUGUAUUUGUUUGAACUAGACCGAAGCAGUGAGGGUGCCAAAAUCUGUACCUUCAAGACUCAGGGAAAUGUUUAGAGAGAUAGAGAAGACAGCCAUCUCAGGAAUGCCAACAGCAUACAAAUUGAUGGAAUCUGGUAUUCCUGAAGGUUGCUCAGAUUUGAAGAUGAUGAUUACAGAAGCCUGGUAGAAAUGAUCAAGCAAAAUUCAAGAAUGCUAUCUGUCCUUAUAAACGCUUUCUCUAAUUGCUGAAAACAUGAAAGAAAAUAGUUAAGCACAUCAUUUCCCUAAGAAAUCAUUUUUUAAAUAAAAGAUCUCCUUUUAAAAAUAAAUCUCUUUAUAACUCUUAUCUUUAAAAUGUUGUCAUGUGGUCUAAAAUCCACUUAGAACCUUAUAGUUUGUAUAACCCAGUAGAAUUGCUUGGCAGCUUUGGGAGUGGGGAGGGAGAGAACAUGA